AUGCGCCGUCAUUCUCUACAAUAUCAGAAGGCUGGGGGCCCCCGUCAUCCGCUGGGCCUCAGCUGUCUGCCCCCGAGGAGACCGAGGAGACCCUGCAGCAGAGGAGAAAGCUGCGAGCACGUGCUGCAGUGGCUGCAGUGGCAGCAGCAGCCGCAGCCGCUGCUGUUUGCAUGCGGUCUGAAUGAGAAGGGGGCUUUGGGCCUCGGCGAAGCAGCUUAUUUUCCUGUUGACCCCGUUCUAGAAGAAAGAGACAACUUCGUCAGAGCAGCAAGAGGGACAGAUGUGUGGUUUUGCUGCCAGCCGCAGCAAGUGGUGGCUCUUCCCGGGACGGUGCGGAGCGUCUCCGCGGGGCUGCACUACAGUGCAGCAGUGACACGUGAGGGCCUUCUCUUUGCCUGGGGUUCUCUCGAUGGUUCUGAAGAAGACACAGACCUCAGCAGCAGCAGCAGCAGCAGCAGCAGCAGCAGCAGCAGCGGCAGCGGGAGCAGCAACGGCAGCUUGCGGAGACAUCCUGCAGACCACUCAAGGGACUUCGGGCUCAGAGAGUCCCUUCGCUUCUCCUGGCUUAUAUUCCCUGCUGUUUCGCAUGCAACUGCUGCAGCAGCAACAGCAGCAACAGCAGCAGCAGCAGCAACUUCUGAGCAGCAACAACAGCAGCAACAGAACGAAAGACAGGUUUUCUUACCCGCUAUGCUCAGCGAAUGCUCAGCUGCACCUUCUCCUUGUAGAGGCCCUUCGCAUCCUGCUGCUGCAUUUGCUGCUGUUUGCUGCGGCCCUGACUUCUGUGCUGCACUGACCGUGACGGGGUGUCUGUACACCUGGGGAAACAACGCGAACGGCGUGCUGGGCCUUGGAGACCUCUGCAGCAGACACGAGCCCACUGCAGUGUCUCCUGACCUCUUUGUCUCUGUUGUCGCCAGCACACAGCAGCAGCAGCAGCAGCAGCAACAGCAGCAGCAGCAGCAGCAGCAGCAGCAGCAGCGGUUGCUGCAGGUAUCUUGCGGGAAUUCACAUGUUGCUGCUGUUACAGCAGACGGGUGUCUCUUUGUGUGGGGCAGCAACAGCCACGGCCAGUGCGGCCUGAGCAGAGACAGAGAAAUUAUACUGUCUCCUCAGCAGCUGCUGCUGCUGGAUCUCUCGCGUAUGCCUCUAAGCCGCCUCACCCUUAUUCACUCCCUCGUUGCUGCCAGCAGCGACAGCAACAGCAGCAGCAACAGCAGCAGCAGCAGCAGCAGCAGCAGCAGAGAUUGUAAGGGUUGGCUCAGCCUGGGCUCUGCUGCUGCAGGAGCUGGUGGAGCGACGGUGUUAGCAGCAGAUGCUGCGGGGUUUGUGUCUCUUCUGGGGCGAGAGAAGAAACCUGAAAAUAUAUAUAUUUAUUCUCUUAUUAGAUAUACUCAGGUUGCAUGCGGCUCCUUACAUACUCUUACACUGGGCGUCACUAGCGAGCAGCAAAGCGAAGGAGAAAGGCCAGCAGCAGCAGCCACGCAGUGUCUGUACACCUGGGGCAGCAACACCAACAACUGCCUCGGGCUUCCUGCAGCAGAAGCAGCAGCAGCAGCAGCAUGCGCACCACCAACUCGCAUCUCCCUAGCCGCCUGUAUAGGGGAAUCCCUACAGCAGCAGCAGCAGCAACAGCAGCAGCAGCAGCAGCAGCAGCAGCAGGAACUCUGCAUAAAACAAAUUGCUGCAGGGGGCAUCACGAGCGCUGCUCUGUCGGAGUCAGGGGACCUCUGGCUGUGGGGCGACCUGCAGUCCUUUGUAUCCAGUGACGAUGCUGCUGCCUUCUUUGCUUCGCCGCCAACACUUUUUGAGUUAAUAGAGGACGAGCGAUUCCUCCCGUGUGACGACGAAGCUGCAAGCAGCAGCAACACCAGCAGCAGCAGCAGCAGCAGCAGCAGCAGCAGCAGCAGCGUGGCUCUCCGCAGCGUUGCAUUCGCUGUUGAGGGGGCCCGCCUGCUGCUGUUUACAGAGGAGGGAGACCUGGUGGCAGCUUCUGCUGGCCUCGAUCAUCUGCUGCUGCAGACUCUUCCUUCGGACUGCAGCAGCAAACUGCUGCCGCAGCAGCCGCUCGCAUUCCUCAAGGCGAUGCACCGCCCCCCGCCGCAGCUGCGUCUCCGCCAGCCCCCAACACCUAGCAGCAGCAGCGGGUCUAGGACUCCCAGCAGCAGCAGCAACAGCAACAGCAGCAGCAACAGCAGCAGCAGCAGCAGCAGCAGCACUGCAGACUGCACGCGAAUGACUAGCUAUGCGAGCAGCACUGCUGCCCCCUCAUCCAGAGACACCCUGAAGGGGACAGACACCGCAGCCCCCCGCCCGUCUGCUGCUGUUAGGAGCCACAGUGCAACGCCUGCAUGCAGCGCGGACGGGGCAGCACUGCAGCAGCAGAAGCAGCAGCAGCAGCAGCGGCAGCAGCAGCAGCAAACAGACAGCCAUCCGAAGAAACUCUGGGAAGCUUCUAACAGCAGCAACAGCAGCAGCAGCAGCAGCAGCAGCAGCUUGGGUUCAACUCUUGCUUCAGCAGCACGAGAGGCUGCAGCAGCAGGCCUCCAUUUGACGCUAAGACACCUGGCGAGUGCAGGAGAAGGAGCAGCAAAAGCAGCAGCAGCAAGAGCAGCAGAAGCAGUAGAAAAAGUAGCAGACGGGCAGGGAGCAGCUGUCGUAGAGGGCCUGCUGGAUCAGCUUGAUAGGGGAUCGGGAGCCGUGUUGAGUGCGCUCAGCAGCGGCAUCUCUUACAUCCUGCCUCGCUCCAGGCCUGCUGCAGGCUCGUCCCCCGCUGCGCCAGCAGCACAGCAGCAGCAGCAGCAGCAGCAGCAGCAGUUGUACAGCAUGCCCCCCAGGUCGCAGAGCCUCACCACUCUCCCUUCCUACGCUGAGCAGCAGUGGGACCUGCUGCUGCAGCAGCCUAUGGAUCCGCUGUUGCAGCAGCAGCGACAGCAGCAGCUGGAAGCAGAGAGACAAGAGGCCUGGGAGCGCCUCACGUCUAUAGGCAAACACCCUGCUGCUGCUUCCUUCACCCCACUGCCUUCGCGCUCACAGCAGCAGCAGCAGCAGCAGCAGCAGCAGCAGCGGCGGCUAUCCCACACAGUGCGCCCUUUGCGGGGGAACGUCCCCGUGAUGCAGCUUCCAGACAUUCCGCAGCAGCAGAAGGAGCCGUCUCUGCAGCAGCAGCAGCAGCAGCAGCAGCAGCAGCAGCAGCGGAGGGGAGGAGCCGAUGCUGCACAGUAG